AUGCACUUCUGUUGGAAAGAUCGAACUUCUGGCCAGGUCGAAGAUGAUCUGAUUAUCUUCCCAGAUGACAUAGAGUUUAAGCGCAUUCCUCAGUGUACAACUGGAAGAUGUUAUGUACUGAAGUUUAAAUCCUCUGUACGGAGAUUUUUCUUUUGGAUGCAGGAACCGAAGAGUGAGAAAGAUGAUGAACUUUGUCGGAAAGUAAAUGAAUAUCUAAACAACCCACCCAACCCUAGUGUCAACCGAAACAAUGUUUCAGAUCUCCCUGGUUUGGGUGAAUCUGAUUUACAUAACAUUUUAGGAAAUAUGAGCCAGCAGCAAUUGAUGCAACUUCUUGGUGGAAUGGGAAUGCCUGCUCAGAAUAAUCUAAAUCUUUCCACAAUUUUGGGCCGGCCAGGAAACUCUUCAACCAGUGGUUCUGACUCUAGCACCAGAUUGCAAUCAUCUUUGGGGACCCGAAAUUCAUCCACCUCAAGUGAUAGUUUAUCUUCUGCUGCCCGUCCUGCAACCGCAACUGCCUCCCUCACUUCUCAGACCACAGAUUCAACUGCUAGCAACAGCAGCACUAGUACAGCUUCAGCCAGCAGUGGGGCUGUUGCCAGUGGAAGUAGUAGUAGUAGUAGUGGUGGUGGUGGAUCCCGACCAGGUGAUACACCUUGGCAACAAAUUCAACUUAGUGAUUUACAGAAUAUAUUGUCCAAUAUGCAAGUUCCUGGUGAUAAACCUCAAGACACUCUUGAAUUGUCUCAAGUGUUGAAACCUGACGACAUCAUCCCUAUCCUGGCCAAUGCAGAUAUCCAGAAGCACUUGAUGGAACAUCUUCCUGAGGGAGAAAUGUUACCUCGAACUGAAGAAGAAUUGCGAAAUACUGUCAAAUCCCCACAGUUUCAACAGGCUCUUCAAUCAUUUAGUGCUGCUCUCCGAUCUCGAGAACUAGGCCCUCUUAUGACCCAAUUUGGGCUGGGAGAUGAUGUGGCAAAGGCUGCGGCUGAAGGAGAUCUUGAGGCUUUUGUAAAAGCUUUGCAGGAAGCUCAGAAGAAAAAGGCAGAGGGAAAAUAG